CUGCAGGAGCAGGCUGAUGCCAGCCGGGCACUGCGGGCAGAGCUGUCCCAGGAGCAGGCCAGGCAGCAGGAGCAGCAGGAGAGGAACCAGGGGGCCAGGGAGAGAGAGGCCCGGCUGGAGACAGAGAGAAACCAGCUCAGAACCAGCCUGGAAGCAGCUCACAGCCAGCUGAGGGAGCGGGAGAGGACUGUGGGGUGCCUGCAGGAGCGUGUGGUGGAGCUGCAGAGCACCACCCAGAGGCUGCAUGAGGAACAGACAGCCUGCCAGGCUCAGCUGCAGCAGUGCAGGAGGGAGCUGGAGAGCAGGGUGGGCCAGAGCCACAGCCACAGCCAAGAGAUGAACGUUCUUCAGGAGACGGUGUCCAGGCUGAGGGAGUGUGUAGAGGAGGCCCAGGCCAGCAGCAGGCAGGGGACCAUGGACACAGCAGCAGCACAACACAGCCUCAGAGAGCUGAGACUGGAGCUGGCCUCCACCCAGGCCUCCCAUAGAGAGAGCAUGGAGCUGCUGGCUGAGCAGAGUCGUGAGACGGCAGGUCUACGUAGUGAGCUGUCCCUCCUGCAGCAGAGAAGCUCCCAGCUGUCAGAGGAGAGAGAGGGCCAGGAAGAGAUGACCAGGCAGCUGGCUGCAGAGCUCCACAGACUACGCACUGCCAGCAGACAGUCACUGGACGAGGCUCGGUCCUGUGAGGGCAGGCUGGCAGAGCUGAGUGCCCAGCUGGGGAGGUCUCAGCGCUGGGGCCAGGAGCAGCUGGUAGCCCUGGAGGCCCGGGAGGAGGAGGUGGUGCUGAUGAAGGUGGAGAUGGCUUCUCUCAGGGAGAACUACCAUGCCAAGGUGGCCCAGGUGGAUGCCUUACACUCACAGCUCGAUUCCAUGGAGCACAAGUACAGCACAUCAGCUAAUGAGGUGGAGGUGUUGCGCCAGUCUCUGGGUAACGCUCGUUCAGACAGUUCUCUUCUACACAGGGAGAGUGAGCUGGUGGUAACCAACGUCAACCAGUGGGUGAAGGAGCAGAAGCAAGGCAAUGAAAAACUGAACCUGAAGAUCAAAGACCAGAGCAAAAAGAUAAUUCAUCUCACAGCAGAGAAGGAGUAA